CUUGUCGAGUCAUCGUUAGAGAGGAGCACGGAGCAGACGGAGCCGCUGUCUGAUGGCUUGAAAACAGGGAAUAAGUGUGGAUCACAGCGGAUUUACUGCACCACACGAGCCAAGAGCCGCGAAACGGCGGUCGCAGGAGCGGACUGGAUGCUGAUACGGAUGAGGAUGUUGGCGUUCUUUGAGUGAGGCUUGCUGCCUUUUGGUAGCCGCUGCAGACCCGGGCACAGACAACACAGAGACAGACAGAAAGAAGUACCAGAGCUGCCGCGACACCAGCGAGCGAACUUGGCUUCUCUGCCCUGUGGGAGGUGUCUGUUUGUCUGCUGUGGCUCGCUGCACGUUCCGCUGACAGCGUCGCUGCUCGGACCUGCUUAGAAGGAUACGGUUGUAGAUUAAGUUAUGUUUUUGUAAACAGCGUCUUUUUCGGGGUUUUUCAGCAACCAACUGUGGCUUUAACGUGACGCACUAUACUGACAUUAGUGCUGUGUGCCGGAGCGGACCCCCACUGCAGAGGAGUUAAAGGCUUUUUAAUCAAGUUUUUUCCUUUUCUUAUUUCUACGGUCCCAGUACAGCCCACACCGAUGUAACAGCAACAAGGACAGAAGCAGACCAAGCUGGGCCAGGCUAGGCCAGGCGUGGCCUACCUAGCCUUCUGUCUGGCCUUACCUGGCAGGCCAGCAACCUCUCCAAGGAGUCCUGCCUUCAGUGAGCAGAGGAGGCUUCAGCCUGUCCUUACAAACACUUCACCUGACCUCCAAGUCAAGCUGUAACAGACUGGAUUCCAACCAUAUUUUGUGUUAUCAGCCUUUUGGAGGCCAUACUGGUCUGUUAGAUCUCCAGUUCUUCCAUGUCGUGGUGGUUGCUCUCUGGAUGUUGGCAGCAGGAUGGAUUCGGGUGUUAAUUUGACGGGUGUCACCUCACUGCAGUGCUUGCACUCCCCCUCCUUUGACUGCCUUUGGUCCCUUCCCUCCCAAAUCUUUAAGAGAAAGCCCCUUUGCCUCUCCUGGGGCUUCCCUGAGCCCUGUAUGGAAAGGCCUUGCAGGAACUGUAAGUUGUCUUGUUGAAACAAGUUGACAUUGCAAAGAGGAAGUAGAAGUAAUAAAUCCUUGCAAAAAACUACACAACACAACAAAGAUCGCUGCAGUCAAUUGAUUUGAUUGAUUUAUUUUCUCUAAGCCGUCCAAUUUGCUUCUCCUGGAGUUUGAUCAGAGGUUGAAGAGCUUUUCAUUUGAAAAAGGAGCUUGCUGGUCAAGAUUUGCACCCACAAUCAGUUUACACAUAGGUUGGUCUGAUUACUUGUGUAAAAAAUUCUUUAUUUAUACGUAUAGAAUUUCUCUUUUGUGGUCUGAGCCUCGGGGAGGAAUGUCUGACAGCAACAGCAGCAGCAAAGCAGUGAAAUUCAUUGCCCCGGCCCCCCCCCCUUCUUCUGCCUCCCCCUGUCCAUCACCCCAGACCCCUCACAAGAAUGUGAACGGCUCUGCCAGUUCAGACUCGCACGUGGUGGAGAAGCUCGGCGGACACCCCGAGGUCCGACGUCGGCGCCACACGAUGGACAGAGACUCUAAAACAGCCGAACACCGCUUCUUCCGUCGCAGUGUCAUUUGUGACUCCAAUGCCACGGCUUUGGACCUGCCCAGCAAAGCAGCUGUGAUACUCACUUCACCCCCAGAUUGUGAGGGGCCUCCCACCUUCUUCACUCCACAGCCCUCAGGGCCUGGACCUGGGGUGCACGAUGCUGAGGACAGGGAGGCCCUGAGAGGUUCAUAUUUGCAAAGUACAACCAUUCAGCCUUGUCUUGGGCUCAGUGGGGCAGUUGUGGAGGGACAUGUACAAAAUUCUGAGGAAGAUUUAGCUGUAAGCAGUAUCACGGUUGCCGUUCCCACCAGUAGCAGUGUUGAACCUAGUGCAGACAGGGCAGUAAAAGAGCCCAGCCCGACAGUAUUGGAUGUUACAGACAAAACAGUAGGCAAACAGCCUGAUGUCACAUUGCGUCCCAGAGGGUCUGAGAACACACAGCAGGUGGGAAAAGAUGGAAAAGUGAUAGAACAUGUGGAUAGCGUUAGUAGCCCGGCAGAAGAGAAAGAGAGGGAGACAGAGGAGGAGAAAGGUAUAGCGAAAGCCCGAGCAGAGCAGAGAGAAGCUGAGAAACGGGUGCAGGAUGAUAUAGAGGAAGUAGAGACAAAAGCUGUUGGGACUUCACCUGAUGGACGCUUCCUAAAAUUUGACAUAGAGAUUGGAAGAGGGUCCUUUAAGACUGUGUACAAGGGACUGGACACGGAGACUACUGUGGAAGUGGCAUGGUGUGAACUCCAGGAUCGUAAGCUGUCCAAGUCUGAGCGACAGCGCUUCAAAGAAGAGGCCGGGAUGUUAAAGGGUCUCCAGCAUCCUAACAUUGUCCGCUUCUACGACUCGUGGGAGGGACCAUGCAAAGGAAAGAAAUGUAUUGUUCUGGUCACUGAGCUCAUGACAUCUGGCACGCUCAAAACCUACCUGAAGCGUUUCAAGGUGAUGAAAAUUAAAGUUCUGCGUUCGUGGUGCAGACAGAUCCUCAAAGGCCUUCACUUCCUGCACACCCGAGCUCCACCCAUCAUCCACAGAGACCUGAAAUGCGACAACAUCUUUAUCACGGGGCCCACGGGCUCCGUGAAGAUAGGGGACCUGGGGUUAGCCACAUUAAAGAGGGCCUCCUUUGCCAAGAGUGUCAUAGGUACCCCAGAGUUUAUGGCUCCAGAGAUGUAUGAAGAGAAAUAUGAUGAAUCUGUAGACGUCUAUGCCUUCGGGAUGUGUAUGCUGGAGAUGGCUACCUCAGAGUACCCCUACUCUGAAUGUCAAAAUGCUGCCCAGAUCUACAGGCGGGUUACUAGUGGAGUGAAGCCUGGCAGUUUUGACAAGGUAGCCAUUCCUGAGGUGAAGGAAAUUAUAGAGGGUUGCAUAAGAACAAACAAGGAUGAGAGGUAUGCCAUAAAGAUCCUGUUGAACCAUGCAUUCUUCCAGGAGGACACAGGGGUCAGGGUUGAACUGGCAGAGGAGGAUGAUGGGGAAAUGAUCGCCAUUAAACUUUGGCUCAGGAUAGAAGACGUCAAGAAGCUCAAAGGCAAAUACAAAGACAACGAAGCCAUCGAGUUCUCUUUUGACCUGAACAAGGACGUCCCUGAAGAUGUGGCCCAGGAAAUGGUUGAGUCUGGAUACGUUGCUGAGGGUGACCAUAAGACCAUGGCCAAGGCUAUCAAGGACCGUGUGUCUCUGAUCCGAAGGAAGAGAGAACAGAGGCAGCUGGUACGAGAGGAACAGGAGAAGAGAAAACUGGAGGCAGAACAGCUACAACAGCUGCAACAACAACAACAACAACAACAACAGCAACAGCAACAACAACAACAACAACAACAGCAACAACAACAUCAACAGCAUCAACAGCAACAAGAAACACUCAAAACUUCACACACACAGGCGGAGGCAGAAGAGACUGAAGUAGAGCAGCAGCAGCUUCACUAUCAACAGACCGGCAUCUCACACACAUCUGAAGGAGCUAUGGACAGCGGCCAGGGUUCCUCGGUUUUCUCUUCAGACUCCCCCCACCUCGGUCAGCUGACUAUGUCGUACAGCUGCCCCCCUUCCACCCAGCCCCCCUCCCAGCCUCAGACCCCUUAUCCCUCCACCCCCUCUGCUACCCCGCAGCAACACCCAGGCUACGCCCAGCUGCCACAGCCAAUGCAGCAUUCAAUGCCACACCCCUACAGCGGAGGAACAAGCGCAGGAGGAGGAGCAGGAGGGAGCAUUCCCCUCCCAACUCUCCCUGACCCCCCUACUAUUUUCUUCCCCUCCAUCCCUGAGCGUCCCAUUUCCUUCUCGCCUCCACCCACUGGGCCUCCAAAGGCCUACAACACCCAGCGACGCAAGAGUACGUCCAUUCUCGAGGCACACACCCGACAUUUCCAGCCUGCCUACCCUCGCUAUGGGAGCAGCCUGCACCCCUUUUCUGGGAUGGAGGGUGUUGAGACCCCCUCUCUGUUUAUGAUAAAUCCUGGUUUUGCAGCAGCUGCUCAAAGACUUGGCGUUGCGGAGCCGCUGCACCUCCCAGGACAAUCUGACCCGAGUUUGUACGGCUAUAAAGACAUGAGAGCAGAGCAUGAGGAAGCAGUGCGGAGAUUAAGUCUAAAUCAAGCUGCCUUACUGGACCAUUAUGAAGCAAUGGCCUAUGGAGGAUACCCAAUGACUGCACACCAGCUUGGUCACUUGAGUUUCCAUCAGCAGAGGCAAGCAGCAGCUGCUGCUGCUAGUUUGGGUUUUGAUCCUGGUCCUCCACCUCAACCAGGGUUCCUGCACCCUCACAUCAUGCAAAGAAUGAGUGCACACAGUCCAAUCCCUCCACCCUUACCUCCCAUGAGUGCCUCCACUGGUGGCUCUGUUUCUUCUUCAUCAUCUGAGGGCUGCUAUCCUCCACCACAGCAUGCUUCCCCAUCUGCCUUUCCUAUUUCUGCACCUCCAGUAAUGUCUGACGCCCCACCAUCUACUGGAAGUGUUUUUGAGUUCCAUUUAGCUGCCGCUGCCGCUGCUGCAGCUGCUGCUGGAGACCCAAGCCUCCUGGCAUCCAGACUUUACCGGGCCCGAAGAAGCUCCAUGGACCUCCCUCUGGAGGACAACACUGGAACUGGAUCAAGUGGUUCAGGCACGUACAGCCGUCUCCAGCCGGUGACAGAAGAGCUGUACUCUUAUGUCAGUCCUGAGCUCCCCUUACCUCCAGGAAGCCUUCUUCUUCACCACACAGGUGUAACCAUAAAGGACAGAAGCCCAGAACCUUCUAGUGACUCUUUGGCCUCCUCUGACGCAGGAGAGUUCCAGUCACCCCCUCCCCCACCGCUCCUCCCCACAUUUGACUCCUCAGCCGCUCAGUCCAUCCCUCAUUCAUCCAUCACUGCGCUCUACGAUUCAUCAGGGGGAGUGCAUCCCAUAGAUCCCCAGGGACAUCCACCCUCCAUGCAGAGCUUUCUCCCUCCCACCCCAUCCUCCGAGCUCCCACUUGGGGGAGCAUCAUCAAAUCAUCUGGAGUCUCUGAUCCAGAGCGCCUGGGCCCGGCAUGGAGGGGUGGUACCUUCCCAACCCGACAUGACAUACCAUGAGUCACUGCUGGCCAUGCAGGCCGCUAACCCCACUCUGCAGCAGAUUCAGACUUCCACCCCCCAGCCCACAGUGGGAACCCCCCUAGUCCCUUCCAGCUCCCAGCCAGCUCCCCCUGGGACCUCCCAACAAGUCAUUUCAUCCAGUCAGAGUAGUACAUCAAUUCAGAGCCCUACGCACUCAACUCUGCCGCAGGCGCCUGCACAGCCCAGUGUAACUCCGUCUACCUCUACCGUUUCCUUGGUGACGCACCCUUCUCCGUCACCAUCCCUUCCUAUUACCAUGCCAACACCGGUCGUGGCUUCCCCACCUUCUCCUCUGCCACUCCCUGUUGGGGUGGUGCCUACUAUUGUUUCCCCUCCUCCUCCCGUGCCCACAUCUGUGCCUCAGCCAUUGGCCACCGUGGUGCCAAUCAUCAGUGUAGUCACCGCCCCGCCUGAUACUCCCAUGGAAGCCCCUCCCCAGUCUGCCUCUCAGUCUUCAGAGCUGUCCCAGUCCCAACUACAGCCACCUCAAGUUCUCUCAUCCAUAGAGAGUGGCCACUCUGAGACUUCAGGUCUGAGUGACGGCAAUGAGGGAGGAGGGGGAGGUCGUCAUGAAGGGCGCUCCACCAAGCGUCAUCAAAGACGCUCUGUACGAAGUCGAUCGCGCCAUGAGAAGAUCUCCAAGGCGAAACUCAAUGUUCUCAAUAUCUCCAACCGAGGGGACAGGGUAGCAGAGUGUCAGCUGGAGACCCACAACAGGAAGAUGGUGACUUUCAGGUUUGACCUGGAUGGCGACAACCCAGAGGAGAUCGCUCAGAUCAUGGUCCAGAGUGAGUUUAUCCUGGAGAGUGAGAGGGAGUCGUUCAUUGAGCAGGUCAGGGAGGUGAUAGAAAAUGCUGAUGAGAAGGGUCUGGAAAGAGACACAAACAGCCAGGUGACAGGAGAUAUGGAGCAGCAGAUUCCUGCUAUAUCUGUCCCCAUGCCAGACAUCACUCCCAGUGCGACAGCACAAGUGGUCCAUUCAGCAGGUCGGAGGUUUAUCGUCAGCCCCGUACCUGAAGCCAGGCUGAAGGAGCAAAUGUUCCCCACCUCUCCUUCUCCUGCCCCUGCACCUCCUGUUGAAACAAUUCCUCCUGCUUCAGCUGCAGCUCCAUCUCAGACUCCAGGCCAAGGUUUGGUGUUGUCCCAGUCUGCAGGAGCAAUCAGCUUACAGCAAGCCUUCUCUGAGCUCAGACAGAACCAGAAUCAGUUUGAUACAGGACCCAGCACCGCCCCAGCCUCCAUUCACUCCACCCACCCUCCACUACAGCCUGCAGCUGCCCUUGUCCCUUCACAGGCUAGCACCGUCACUCCUACUGCUGAGGCUUCUGCUGGGCUUGUCCCAUCUAAUUUAAACAAGGCACAGGAGCAGGUCUUGGAUGCCUCUCUUCCUCCCCCUUCCUCAUCCUCCACCCCCUCCUCUGUGGCCGCUGUCCGUCUCAGUCCUCCUUGUUCCUCCUCUCCUCCUCCUACUGUAGGGAGUCAGUCCAUCCUUCAGUCGCAAUUACUUUCCCAGACCCAGGGACAGGUGCAGGUCCAGGGACAAGCACAAAUUCAGCCCCAGGCUUUUGCCCUGCCUCAGUCCCAAACAGUUUCUGCUGUCAUUGCUACUUCAGUACCUUCCACUUUACCACCGGCAAGCAUGUCAAGCAUCCCCCCAACAAUUCUCACCUCCCUUCCUCCUGCCCAGAGCGUUCCCCUCGUAUCCUCCCCUCCCUCCUCCACUCUUACAGCCAGUGAAGUCUCCUCCAAUCAUCCGUCAGGCUCUCCCACCUCGUCCGCUACUCCUUCCCUCUCCUCCUCUGUCAUCCCCACUACUGCCAUCACAGGCCCCCAGCUCGCUCCCUCUGCCGUCUCCCACCCCACUCUUCCUCCCCCUUCCUCCUCCUCUUCUGCGGGGCUCCAGCCAGUGACCACAAAUGUUACAUCAGUCCAACCAACUUUGGUCCACUCCCAGCCACAAACAGCAGCCCUGCCUGGGCAGACGCACACACACUGUGGGGAAUGUGAUGCAAGGUGUGAGGCGUCUGCUGAGUCCCAGGGCAAACCGGACGACAUCCAAGCUCUGGAGAAGAAGCUGCGGUCUCUCUUCAUGGACCUCGGUGGAGGAGUGCCGUCCACCCAGGGUGACAUCUUAGCUGCUGACCCUGCCUCUGGGGCCCCUGUGGCAGGUACCUCGUCCCCAAUGGGGCCCGGCUCUACCUCCACCACAUCUGUUACCACACCUGGCUCUAGCCUGCCAGCCAAUCCUCCUCAGCCCCCCUCCAGCCUAGCACUGGGGUCACUGGGGUCACCUGUUCCAAUCCAGGGCCCUGGGACACCUAUUUCCACCCCUGCACAGACUGUCAUCCCUGCCUCAUCCUUUGGCCAGACCACUCCAUCUAAAACCCCCUUAUCCAGGGUACCGGCCAGUUCUCCUCCUUCAGAACUCCUGCCAUCCUUCCCUGGACCUUGUCUAAUACAGUCGCAGCAGCCUCUAGAAGACCUGGAUGCGCAGCUGAGGAGGGCACUGAGCCCAGAGACUGUUCCUGUCAGCACACACACACAGGCCUCUCAUAGUGGCAUACCUGCAGUGGGACAACAAAUACCCUUCUCUCUGGAUGAUGAAACUGCAUCCGCUCCUGCUCCUCCUUCUGCAGGUGGAAUUAAACUCGGAAGAUUCCAGGUCUCAUUGGCUGCUGAAGAACCUCCAGUCCAACACCCGGCCUGCACUGAAUCCUCCUCCACCACCUCCUCAUCUUCGUCCUCUUCCUCCUCGUCCUCCAGUCUCUCCAGCCCGGAGAACACACUGCACAAGGACUCCUCGUCUCCUCUGAGAGGGGGAGGAGGACAAGGAGGGGACAUUGUGGACGGGCUCCCCCAAAGGACUCUGGGAGGAUCCCACCACCCCUCCCCCCUCACCUCCCCCUGUCCCUCUCCUAAGCCCACCACUACCAUCGGGCGCUUCCAGGUCACCACCAACCCUGAGGCCCGUGUUGGUCGAUUCUCAGUCAGUCGUGCCCAGGAGCAGAGCCUUGAGUCCAGACAGACCCCUCCACCCGCCACCCAGGCUGCUAAUGGACCCAGCGAUCCCGGGCAGGUUUUGACUCCAGAUUCCACUCAUAAAGCCUCCCUGCCGAGUCUAAACAACAACUCCUUCAACAACUCCUACAUCAGCAGUGACAACGAUUCUGAAUUUGAGGAUGAAGACUUCAAACGUGAAGUCAACCGCCUCAGAGAAAAGCACAUGCGUGAAAUUCAGGCUCUCCACUCCCGUCAAAAGGAGGAAAUAGACAGUCUCUUUACCAGGCUGGGAAAGGUUCCUCCGGCUGCAGUGCUCCCUCCAGUUAUAGCUUUGACUGGCAGGAGGAGACGACCUACCAAAAGCAAAUCCUCCAAAUCGUCCAGAACCAGCUCCACGCACGGCAGCAAGAGUCCAUUACAGCAAGGCAGCACUUUAUCCGCCCAGAGCGUCCCAACCAUGUACCCCGGCCAGCUGGCUCUGCUAGCCCCAGGAGGAUUAGCCGAUUCAGGCAGCAGCACACUGCUCCAGCCCCUCAAACCCUCUCCCUCCAGCGACAACCUGUGUUCGGCCUACACCAGCGAGGCAGCACUCUCUGUCCCCAGCCUGUGUGCUCCCACCCCAGGCUGUGUAAAGUUCAGCUGGGGUUCGGAGCGUUUGGCCUUCAAGCCUGGCGGCAGGAGGACGCGCUUUCUGAGUACGCCCUGCUUGGCUCUUUGGAAGAUGGUGAAAAAAGUCUGCCCCUGCAACCAGCUCUGUAGGACUAACAGCACCAAUGCAGUGAGCGGUUCAGGUGGUUUGGGUCAGAGCCAGGGCGGUUCUCAGUGUCUGGCCCCCAACAUGUCAGCCCCACACCAGAGGAAAGGAACCUUCACCGACGACCUCCAUAAACUAGUGGACAACUGGGCCAGAGACGCCAUGAACCUCUCACAGGGUAAGAGGAGUGCCAAACAGCUGCAGCAAGCCCCAGCACAGGGACACAGCUACGAGGUCAUCCAGUCAGCCAGUCUGGGCAGGAAGUACUCGGCUCCCAGCCAGCUGUGUCCCAGCAGCAUUGGAGGCUCUGCACACCUCCCCACAAACUCCACCACUGCUACCUCUAUGGCUGCCCGCAAGGGCUCGCUGUGCCACCCCCCUGCCUCCUCUACUCCACCCCAACCCCAACCUCCACAGUUCAUCCACUACACCCCCACUGCCGCCUACAGCGCACAGUGGUCUGGUCCGGCUCAUGGUUUGUCAACCUCACACCAAGCUCCAGCACAGCCUGGGCCUCUGCUGGUCAGCACCUCCCAGCCCCUGGGCCCAUACUCCACCCCACAGGGUCAAAUUCCCGGGCAGGGGCCGCUCCAAGCUUUCCAUCUGACCAAUGCUCUGCAGAAGUCAGUCAGCAACCCAGGAGGGCCCAAUCUGCGGACCACGUAGGGCUGGGGGUGAGGGCUGCUUUGAAUCACGGCCCGACUGGACUGAACUGGUGUGGAGCGGAGUGUUUUGGGCUGGAUCAGCUGGAGAGGACAGAAGAACUGGAGGGGUGUGGAGUUUAAAAUGUCAGAAGCUAACCUGUCCAUGAGAGAAAAGGAAAAGCAGAAGUGAGAAGAAAUCGGGAAAGAGAAUUUACGAGUGCCAGUUGGCUUUCUCCACUUGCCUCUGCUUCCAUCCAAGUGUGCGAGAAGCUGUCACAGACACAAAUGCAGCCACACAAUAUUCCUGUCUGCUGUAUUUAACUGUGGGCUUGUGACGGUCAGCCAAAUGCUCAAGGACAAAGAAAAAGACUGAUGAGUGCAAUGUUAAAAGGCCAAAGAGGUUCUGACAGGGUGUGGGACUGGUGUUAAUAACUGUUUGUGUGUGCAGUAUUGUGUAUGCGCUGUUAUGGCUUGGUCAAACACUUGUUCCAUUUCAUGCUCUAAAUAGAGUGAACAAGUUCGUACAUGAUAGAGCGCACAUUUGUCCUUGCUUGAUGAUGGUGGGAAGAUAUAACAUAAGGUUAAAGGGGAGGAAUGUGGUGGCCAGCUUUUACAGUAUCCAACUUUAGCCCUUCUGUCCACACAGUACCUCAUGAUAACUUCUUAUUACUCCAUAUUCUUGUGUGAAGAACUGGUUGUUGCCUGUGCUGUUUGUGUGUGUUCAGUCUUUCAAGCACAGCAGCCUUCCAGCUCUCAAAGAAGACAAACAUGCAACAAUGUCGUUUUUUCCACUAAAUUUAAUAAGGAAACUGGUGGACACUGGGAACGAGGGGUGGGCAUGGCUGGCCAUCACAUUACAGGUGUCUUGCUUAGCGUUGUCAACAUCAUGGUGCAUGAGAGGCUGAAAUCAAACAGUGGCAGUGUUUUUGGCAGACGUUUGCAUCCCUCACUGCAAUGAUUACAAGGGAGGAUGUAAAUGUCAGCAGAUAAAAGCUUUGAUAUCAAGGGUAGUAAAAAAUGAUGUUUAGAACUGUAAACUACGAUUAUUAUCUUAAGUUUAAUCAGUUCAGGAAAUGAUUUUUCUUCAGUAUUCAGAAGUUUUUCGUAACCAUUAAAAGCACAAAGGAUAUCAAGAACAAAUCGAACUAAUGCAUACUGAGAAUAGGUGUAGCUCAGCGCUCGGUGGAGCUGUGACUCGUCAGCUUGAGAAAAGUCAUGAUUGCUACUCCUCUGUCACUUUCUGUGUCUUGUUCCUCUCCAGUUUAGACAAACCAUUCAAGUAGAGAGAGAGAGAUGGAGGGAAGAAAGCAGGUGAAGGUGGAGAGCAGCAAGAGAGUGUUUGUAUGACAUAACAGCCAAACAUCACCUCUGUUUUCUGUCCAGCACUGAAUGGACUCAACAGAUUCUUCUGCACGCCAAACACCUCUUCACCAUCACGAGCACCUCUUCCUCCAUCCCUCUCUCCGCCUCUCUGUUGCCAUUUGAAGCAAUAACAGCAGAAACCUUUUAGAGGAGAAAAAAAAAGCCCAAACAUGAGAGAACUCAGUGUGAAAAAGUGGCCUUGUUAUCAGAAUAAUAUCAGAGUCCCUGUACAGUUUCUGUUUGUUUUUUAGAAAGUCAGCUAUGAUGAUUCCAUUUUGUUGUUUUAUUUUUUGUUUCGUUGAGUUUGGUUUGCUUUGCCGCCGCCAGCUAGCAAUUGGACAAACAAACAUUCACACAAACACACACACACAUACACAGUGCAUGAGACAUUCAUAAAGAUACACACACAGUCAUGCACGGACUCAUGUAAAUACAUACACACACACAUUGUUGGAGGCGCAGCAGCUGUUUAACGGACAUAGACUCAUAGACUAAUGUCUCAGUUCUUAGUGUCAUCAUUAAGCUGGUUUCAACAUUUGGGUUGAAAUGAUUGCAAUGUACAUUAUUAUCAUCAUUAUUGUUGUUAAUGAUUAUUAUUCUAUUUAAAAAGAAACAGAAACAAAAUGUGUUCUGUCAAUGGACCUGUUAUACACACACAUCGGUGCUCGAUGUGGAAACACUGUGAUUAUUGUUGUUUAUUAUUAGCAAAUGUUGUUGGACGACAUUAGUUUUAGGGUGAAAUGUCGCAAAUAAAAAUAAAACAAAAAAAAAAAAAAAACGAGCAUACAGAGAACGGUUUGGGGUCCUUUCACUUUCAAUUCACUGCUUUCUGCAAAUGGAUUCUCAUCAAAAUGUGAAAAUUGAAAACCCCUCUUUUCAAUAAACGUCCUUACAUCCAUUUACUAAGGACAUACUCCAAAACAAAUGCCUUACCAACAAAUAAUCAACUGCAGUUUCAGUUCAUCUUUAUAACUGAUUGAAUUGAAAGUUGAAACUGACCUCCAAGCCCAAUUAUAAAGAAAAACCGGCAGGAUAGUUGAUAUUUAGAUAAUAAAGUAAUGCUAGCUAUUUUUUUCUUAAUACAGUACUUAUAUAUCAGACACUUUAAAUAGCCCUCCUCUUCCCUUUCUCCCCUGGUUUUGUUAGAUGAAUGUGAAUGUAUAAACCAAUGGUGUCCAUUUUAAUGUACUUGAAAAAAAAAAAGUCUGUCUUUUAUUUUCGCUCUUAUGCUUCCCCUGACCCUCCCCCAGGACCUCCGGUGAAUACUGGAGGUACUUACUAGUGCCUUGCAUCCUUCCUGUUGCUUCUUUGUCUGGGGUCAAGGACUUGGGUUAAAGUAAGCACAGCAUGUGUGGAGAGUUGUGAGGUGUCGCUUUGAAGUCAGUGGUGAUGACUGGACCUGGUUAGUGGAGCAGGGGUGCAGUAAAAAUGGCUGCUGUUGUUAGCUGUGUUUGCCGUGGCGGGCUUGUGGUUAAUUUCAUGUGGAAGUGGAAUUUCCUCAAAAUGCAAAACUUUGGAUGAAAAAUGUAACCAUGGAAAAACUGGAGACUUUCUAUUGACAGAAAAAUGAAUUCAUCCUUUCUCCGCCGCCAUGUAAACCAGUGACACUGACCACUGAACACUGGAACAGGCCACCAUUUGACGUCAGUGUUGUUUCUUUUGAAGUGAGGCCCAUUGCUGUGCUUUACCUACGCAUGAGGCCUGACUGUGUGUAAAGGCCCGGUUACGCCACCAACAGGAUGAAAGAUAGAGAGAGCGUGAUACUUUUUCAGUGCCAUUUUUUCAGGGUUUUAAAUGUAGAUAUGAGAGAGGGUUGGGGGGGGGGGUUAAGUUUUAAGGAGGAAGUUGUUGAAGAUUGUAUUUGAAGCUUGAACCACUCUGUACUUUAGAGGCACUGGCCCCGGUGCAGCAUACAGUCAGGAGAGGAUUGAUACAGUGAUACAGGGAUCUCAAGUUACUUUCAUUUUAAUCUUGACAUAUCUCAAGUGGCAUACAGAUUUUAUACCAAGACAUAAAUCUUUUUUUUUUUUCUUUUACGUCUACGUGAACUUAGAUGAAACCACGGUUAAAAUACUCAUUUCCGCUCACUGACUCCAGUUGGCAGCCAAAAAUGUGACGGAGGCAAUGAUUAACUCUACAGUCAGAUGAGUGGGUUUAAUUGGAAUAGCAGUGCUCUGAUGUAAAAGUGCAGUUGGCUUGUGAAAUAAUGUGAGUGCCUGAUGCUGAUCAUGUAGUUAUAAAAAAAAAAAUGUCUUGCUCUGUUUUUGUGCACCAUUUUAUUAUUUUUAAUGAAUGGUGAUUGCAGACAGUUUCCAUAGAGAAACAAUGCACUCAAACUUUACAUAACAUAGUAACUCGCCAGAUCUGCUUCAUCGGGGCUGUGUGGGUGUGGUUUGACAUGUGACAUCACCUUUUUCUAACCAAGCCCCACCCACAUCAAACCAAUGAGACAAGAAACAGAAAAAAAAUACAGAAAUCUGUCAUUAAGUGUCAAGAGUUUAAUGUAACAGAUAUUGUCAUGCUUACAGCUGUUAUAAUCAAAAAGCAUUUAUGAGGCCAGUAGCUCUAUGCUGUCCUUUUAACAGAUAUUUUUGGGAAAGCCUCCUCAUCUGAGAAUUGCUGCUAUUGGGGGAAAAAAAACAAACAAACGUGUCUGCAAAAGGUAUGAAUAUUGUCUCAUCCACUCCUAUUCCCACUGUAUGUUUUUAAAGCUGCGCCAUUGGGGGUUAAAGUUGCCAAAAAUCUAACAAGCGGUGGUGGUGGUGGUGGUAACGGCAGUGGUGAUUAAAGUGACUGUGAGCAUUGUGGUGGUGGUGGUGAUGAUUGUACUGGUAGUGAGGAUGGUGGUUGAAAUGAUGAAAGUGAUGGUGAUAGUUGCGUUAUCGAGGUUUUAGAUUCAAGGCCUUUGACACCCAGUCCUGUUUUCUCUUUUCAUUUGUCACUGCAAAUGAAACAUAUCUGGUACAAACUUUGACAUUCACUUAAAAACCUAGCAUCUGUUUUUUGUGGUUUUUUGCUGGGUAUGGGUGUUCUGGAUUCACAUAAAAAUAUUACAAAAAGGUUACUUUGUAAAGUUUGUACAAAAAAAACGUUGCUUUUGCCUGGUUUUUGUGAUAUUUUCCAUUUCUCAUGAAUAAUAAUGCAACAUUUUUACUACUAGGCAAGUUUGGUUGAAGCUGUGAAUAAUCAUUGAGCCACUUUGCUUUAGUUCUGGUUAUGAGCAUUCUGUCAAAUCUUUUAAUGAUGCCACCAACUCAGUGCCAUUUGACUUGCUGUCAGUGGAGUGGAACCAUCAGAAGUGAAGAUUAAAAUAAAUAAAUAAAAAAAAAAAGAAAAUUGAGUGUAAUUACCUACUGUUACUCUCUGGAGCUGUUUUUGCUUGAGUUAACAUCCUGGAUUUACACUUUGCAGCUGCUCUAGCCUCAAAUGAUUUCAACAGUAGCAGUUUGACAAUAAUUUGCUGUUUGUCUCUACUACAUAAUUACUAUGAAAGGAAUGCCUUCUGUGCAAUGGCUGCAAUGCAAUAUUGAUUAAAGUUACAGUAUGCUGUCAAGCUCUGAGGUUACAGUUAGGUUUGGAGGCUUCUAGACUUCAGUGGGUGAACAAGUUUUUUUUUUUUUUUUCUUUCAGUUUUUUUUUUGGGAGUUGUAGUGGAGGGCUCUUACUGUGAAAGGCUUGGGAGUUCUCCAGUGCGGGCACUCUUAUUGUGAAGUUUCCUGAAGUUCAAUUGGGAGAAUGGGAUUCAUUUCCUGGUGACACACGUACAGUGUAGCAGCAGUAGUUGUUUUUAAUUCACUCACAUUAUGAUCAGAUUUAGUUUCUGUUGGUGUUUUACAGUUUUCGCCUGUUCAGGACUCGCUUACCCUUUAUGCUUUUUACUGUAGAAGUGCCCUCAUGUAAAAAAAAUAAUUAAAUAAAAAAUGCCUUUUCAUGCACCAACAGAUCAACACACACACACACACACACACACACAGAUUCAUUUAGUGCAUCUCCUUGCUGUUUCUUGUAGCUUCCUCCUGUGGAAUGAUGUCGAGUUUCUCUGACUGUUACUGAAAACAUUUUUUCUCAACAUGUUGAUUAUUUUUCUGUUCUCACAUUUUAUUUUUUAUUCCUCACUCAUUUUAUCUGCAGUUUUAAUGUCUCUAGCGGCACCUGACUUAAUUCAGUGGUUUCAUUUUUCUGUAUCGUGUUUGACAUUGUACAAAAGUGGUUGAAUAAAAAAAAACAACACAUGGAUGAAUGAAUGAAAGAAAAACAAAAAAAUACAUGUAGGGAGUCAUCGGCAGCCUUUAAUGGUAUGUUUUGCACUAAGUAUAGAGUGUUCAAGCUUCAUAUUAAAAAAAAAAACUUUGCGCUUUGCGCUACAAUACAAUGAAAUUUGUUACUUUAUUUGUAAAAACUUAAUAAAUAAAAGUUGUUUAAAUGAA